AUGCUUCGCCCGAUGUACAGACAUGCCUCUGGGCAAUUGCGCGCCCCAGUGCGGGCCGCGCCUAUGGGAAAGCGCUAUCUGCAUACUCCCGUGGCCUUUGACUGGCAAGAUCCACUCAAAGCCAACGAUCUGCUGACCGAGGAAGAGCAAGCCAUCUCAGAGACAGCCGAGUCAUAUUGUCAAGAGCGCAUGCUCCCCAGGGUAUUAGAGGCAUACCGCAAUGAGAACUUUGACAGGAAAAUUAUUCAAGAGAUGGGCGAGCUCGGCCUGCUCGGUGCAACCAUCAAAGGAUAUGAGUGUGCCGGCGUCAGCAGCGUCGCUGGCGGUCUGAUCACGAGGGCCGUCGAGAGGGUGGACUCGGGAUACCGCUCGGGCUACUCUGUGCAGAGUUCACUCGCCAUGGAAGGCAUCAAAGAGUUUGGCACUGAAGAGCUCAAGGAGCGGCUUCUGCCGAAGAUGGCAAAGGGCCAAUUGCUAGGCUGUUUCGGUCUUACUGAGCCCAAUCACGGGUCUGACCCUGGCUCCAUGGAGACGGUCGCAAAGGAACAUCCGUCCAAGAAGGGCUACUACUCGCUAUCCGGAUCCAAGACGUGGAUCACAAACUCGCCCAUUGCCGAUGUCUUGCUGGUAUGGGCCAAGCUGGAAAGCACAGGCAAAAUUCGUGGCUUCGUCGUAGAGCGUGACCAGUGUCCGCCAGGUACUCUCGAAACCCCACCAAUCAAAAACAAGAACGGGCUACGAGCGUCCAUCACUGGCAUGAUCCAGCUGGACGAGUGCCCCGUGCCCGAGGCAAACAUGUUCCCCGAGGUGGAGGGCUUGAAAGGACCUUUUAGCUGUCUGAACGCGGCAAGAUAUGGCAUUGCGUGGGGGACUAUGGGCGCGCUGGAAGAUUGCAUCGCAAGAGCACGCACGUACGCGCUGGAGAGGAAGCAGUUCAAGAACAACCCCAUUGCCAAGUACCAGCUUGUGCAGAAGAAGCUGGCCGACGCAACGACCGACGCUGCAUACGGAAUUCUUGCAGCCCUCCAAGUUGGCCGGCUCAAGGAUGAGGGCAAGGCUGCACCAGAGAUGAUCUCGAUGAUCAAGAGGCAGAACUGUGAUCGAGCCUUGGUCAACGCUCGGACGCUGCAGGAAGUGUUUGGUGGAAACGCAGUCUCUGACGAGUACGGCAUUGGACGGCACGUGGCCAAUCUGUUUGUGACGCAGACGUACGAAGGACAGAGCGACAUUCACUCGUUGAUUCUUGGCCGAGCAAUCACGGGCCUUCAGGCGUUCUGUUGA